CUAUGGCUAUGUUUUCUCUUCCUCAUAACUCUUUAAAUCCGGACGCUAGCUCUGCUUCUUUCUGCUCUUGUUUUUACAGAAUUGUUUGGCUAUAUUCAAUCAUUUUUCUGCCUUAUUGCGGCCUUGCCAAUGUUAAUGCUCGAUUCUUCUAACGAUAUUGUUCAAGAUUUCACGUCUAGAUUCCCAGUUUGUUUCAACUAUUCCACGAUUCGUAUUCAAGAAUUGAAUUUUGUUAGUCAUCAACGAUUGUUGCUAAUAUCGGUUUCUUGAUGGUAAUGGCUUUAUUGAAAUCUGGGGUUCUUGAAAAACAUCUUCAGGAAUUGAAAGAUGAGGACCAGACAUUGGGGGAUGACAGGAAACCUGUAUUGUUACAAAUUAGAAGCAUAAUUCCCGUAUUAGAGGAAGGUGAUCUUUUUCCUGAUAGAGGAUUUUAUUUGAAGGUAUCGGAUGCGUCACAUGCUAUGUACGUUUCCUUGCCUCAAGAACAGAAUGAUAUGAUUUUGAGCAAUAAAUUGAAGCUUGGACAAUUCAUUUAUGUACAUAAGUUGGAGAAAUCAGAGCCUGUACCCUUGAUCAGAGGCUUAACCCCAGUCCCAGGUAGGCGACCGUGUGAAGGAAGUCCUGAAGACAUCCAUUCUCCAACUGCAUUGGUGAAGUUUCUUCAGGUAUUGGACACAGAUCCAGUUGUUGAAAAGGGAGUGAUUUCGGAGAAGACAAUCAAUGAAGAUUCAACUAUUUCAAGAAAGCCACUACAUAGAGGAUUAUCUGAUUCGGAAGGCUUAAUAAGAAAUCAUAAUGGCUUGCAGCAGAGGCCGAGGGGAAGGUUUCGUUCUUUGAGUGCCUCAAGAGCACGUCAUGGGGAAAGGACAGUGGGAUCACGAAGCAGUAAGCCAACUUCCACGGAUGAUGAUUCUGAUUCUGAUAGUACGCUGUCAUCAGUGUCAUUGAUGUCAAAAAGAAAAAGCUGGACUCAGUCAGACAUUUUGGGGUUGAAGCAAAUGUUUGAUUCUUCAGCCAUCAAAAAUGAGAGUAAACCCGUGGCUAAAAGCCUGAGUGCCAAUGUUUCACCUGUUCGUUCCAUGAGGUACGACAGCUCAGAUGAAUGUUCAAGCUCAACCACACGUAGGAGAGAUGUGAGUUCGACUAAGAAAUUGGUAAAAGGUACCAACAAGAGCAGGACUCCUGUGCCGAAGGUGAUUUCUGAGCAGACUUCCCAACCAGUAUCUAGCCUAGUCCAUGAUGGAAAAGGGGCAGAAACUGCAAUAGCUUGGGAAUCCCUCCCAUCCAAACUAGUAAAGCUUGGAAAGGAGGUAGUUCGGCAAAGAGACAUUGCUUUGAGUGCCGCUGCUGAUGCUCUUCAAGAAGCUUGUGCUGCAGAGAGAUUGCUUAAUUCAUUAAGUACAUAUUCAGAAUUCCAUGUAUCAGGAGAAGAAGAUGUGCAGCCAUAUGUUGAUAAGUUUUUUGACCUCCAAGAUGACUUGGCUCGCACCAGAUUGAUUGUGCAGUCACUGACAAAUAUAAGCCCAUUCAAGACACCAGAAACUGAUGCAAAUGGCACUACUUCAGUUAAGGAAGCGUUGAAUAUAGCACUCGAAAGAAAGAAAAAUGCCACUACAUGGAUUAAAUCUGCUGUGGCUUUUGAUCUUUCCACAUGCUCUAGUGACCCUCUGAAGCUCAGCGUCUCUCCUGUGGCGGCAACUGACGCAGUGAAGAAACCAAGCCGCUGUGUCAAACCAAAAGGUGCACGUAUUAUUAGGAGACAGAGAACUAAUGAUGAUUUACCUCUUCUUGUGGCAUCUGACAAGGAUUACCAAGCCGAAUGGACAAGGGGCAGUACUCUAUGUGCAGCCGCCGACCUAGCUAGUUUGCUGCAGGAUGAAUGCAGAAAAUUGUUUUUGAGUUAUGUAGAGAAUUACUUGGAGGAAGUUGAAAGUAAAACAUCCUCGAUGCAUUCAGACAGGCAAGUAUCAGGGAUGAUGUAUAAGGUCAAGAGAGUAAAUGACUGGUUAAAUGUGUUCAUCGGUAAAGAGCCAAAUCUCCCAGGGGAUGAUGGCUUUAAAAUUUUUUCCAACUUGGAUGAUUCUGAAAGAGAAGCUUAUGGAAGGGUGAGGAACAAGAUAUAUGAAAUCCUACUAAAUCAUGUUGAGAGGACCGCCCUGGCUUUCGGAAAGUCUUGAUGCUUCCAUAUGAAGUUACACCCUGAAUUACCCAGUCUGCUCAUUAUGCACGAACCGUGAGGCAAAAGAGACAAAAUCAGCAGCACCGUUACAGGUUGAAGUGUGAUUGUAACACUGAAGUAAUGGAGUACAGAAACGAUGAUAUGUCACAGAAUGGAUCAUGGGGCUGGUGGCUGUUCUCACAGCAUAUCACGUAGUAGUGUGUUUGGAUGAACUGAUGUGAAUAGUAGCAUCUGUAAGCAUAGAAUUUGCCUUAAAAGUUCGUUUUAUUGAUUGGCCAACUCCAUUUUUUAGUUAAGCCUUUGCUCUUCCAGCAAAGAGCGGCUAGGAGUUUGGACCACUUUUACAACAUUCAUGUACAUACAUGUACAGAGAGUCAUACAGUCCUA